AUGCAUAGAACGUAUUCUCUAAGAAACUCAAGAGUACCAACUGCUUCUGAACUUCAGAAUCCACCACCACCAACUUCCUCUACCAAGAGUCGGUUCUUUGGUAAGGGUGGUUUGGCCUACUCUUUCCGUCGUAAUACCGCUGGUUCCUUUGGUCCUGAACUUUCGAGGAAGCUUUCCCAGUUGGUCAAGAUGGAAAAGAACGUUUUGCGUUCAAUGGAAGUGGCUGCCAACGAAAGACGUGAUGCUGCUAAGCAGUUAUCCAUCUGGGGUCUAGAAAACGAUGAUGACGUUUCCGAUAUUACUGAUAAAUUGGGUGUGCUAAUCUACGAAGUUUCUGAAUUGGAUGACCAAUUCAUCGAUCGUUACGACCAGUACCGUUUGACUCUAAAAUCUAUCAGAGACAUUGAAGGUUCCGUCCAACCAUCUCGUGACAGAAAGGACAAGGUCACUGAUAAGAUUGCUUACUUGAAAUACAAGGAUCCAGAAUCUCCAAAGAUUGAAGUUUUGGAACAAGAAUUGGUUAGAGCUGAAGCUGAAUCAUUGGUCGCAGAAGCUCAACUGUCAAACAUCACAAGGUCAAAAUUGCGUGCUGCCUUCCACUAUCAAUUCGAUUCUAUCAUUGAACAUUCUGAAAAGAUUGCCCUAAUUGCAGGUUACGGUAAGGCUCUCUUGGAAUUGUUAGAUGAUUCACCUGUGACACCAGGUGAAACUAGACCAGCUUACGAUGGUUAUGAAGCAUCUAAGCAAAUUAUCAUCGAUGCUGAAUCUGCUUUGAACGAAUGGACUCUAGAUUCCGCUUUGGUCAAACCAACUCUUUCUUUCAAGCAAGACGAAUACAUUCCAGAAGAAGAGUACGAAGAAGAUUACGUUGAUGGUGAGCCAGAGGAAGAGGAAGUCGUCGAAGAGCUCCCAGAAGGAGAGGAAUACGUUGAGGAAGAAGAGCCAGCUUGGCAACACGGAACUCACUCUCAUCAAGUACAAGAAGAAGCUCCGUUAGCUUAA